AUGGCGCUGGCCUCCUCAAAUGCGACCUCAAUGGAAGAGCUCUUCGGAAAUCCGUUCAGGCCGAAAAAAGAGCGAGUCGUCGUCGAGGAGAAGCCAUUCGAGUACACACCAUCAGCAUACGUUCAGAUGAUUGAUCAGAUGAUCGGAAUCAAAACGAGGCCGUGGAAUCCAGAACGUACGCCAAUUAAACCGAUUCAAAUGCUCACACUACCCGAGAUGUCACGAGAAGAACGAUGGAUUCAAUGGGGAAUGGAGAAUUGUACGGUGAAAGCAUCGAUUUCUGGAGUGCUCGGAGUUGGAGUCGGAUUCGCUUUCGGACUUUUCACCGCUUCAGUUGAUCCGCAGCUAUCGAUGGUUGGAGGAGAUCCUACGAAACAGCUAACCCUAAAACAAACGUGGAAAGAAAUGUCAAGUCGAAUGAAAUCCUACGGAAAGAACUUUGGAUCCAUCGGUUUAAUGUUUUCCGGAACCGAAUGCGCCCUGGAAACGAUCCGUGCAAAAAGCGACUGGCGCAACGGAACCUAUUCUGGAGGAAUCGUCGGUGGACUUCUUGGACUUCGAGCCGGAAUCAUGCCAGCUGUUUGGGGUGCCGCUGGUUUUGCUGUCUUCUCUACAAUUAUUGAUCAUUAUAUGAGAGGAUGAUUUUUUUUCUGAAAUUUUUUUUGAUUUGUUUUUUAGCCUUCUUCUGUUGACUGUUUUUAUAAUAGAAUGAAAUUUAGUGAAUUU